GUGAAUUAAAACGGUUGGCGGUAGGUGUGCGCUUAGUGCCAAAUAAAUAACUGCAAAGUGAGAUUCUCUGUGAACAUAAAUUAUUUACAAAUACUGCAGAGCAUUUACGCAUAUAUCGGUGUAUAUAUUGAAGUUAAUUGACAAAUAAUAAAAUUGAGAAAUAAAAUCGAUGCCAAAACUCAUGCAUAACAAACCUUAACAAGUUAAUGUGUUAAGUAAGCAUUGCCUGCGGUUUGUUUGUCCGUUUAAUUAAUUCCAAAAUCGAGUAAAGUAAAUAAGCGUUCGAGUGCUAAAGAGCGUGAACUUUACUAAUCGCCACAAAAAUAUUACAAUCGCCAGUUGAGUGAUUUUGCAUAAACGAACUUCUUUGGAAUCUCAUAACGGUUUUCCAGGUGCACAAUGUGGUUUUUAUGGCUGAUCUGUCUGCUGCUGCCAACCUUGAUCUCAGGUGAGGAGGAAAUACGUCCUGCGCAGCCCAACAUUAUAUUUAUUUUGGCUGACGAUCUGGGCUUCAACGAUGUGGGUUUCCAUGGCUCGGCGGAGAUUCCCACGCCCAACAUAGAUGCUUUGGCCUACUCUGGUAUCAUUCUGAAUCGUUACUAUGUGGCACCUAUCUGUACUCCAUCCAGAUCUGCACUUAUGACUGGCAAAUAUCCUAUACACACAGGAAUGCAACAUACAGUUCUUUAUGCCGCCGAACCAAGAGGUUUGCCCUUGGAGGAGAAAAUACUUCCCCAGUAUCUGAAUGAGUUGGGUUACACCUCCCACAUAGCUGGCAAGUGGCAUUUGGGCCAUUGGAAGCUGAAGUACACUCCACUGCAUCGCGGCUUUAGUAGCCACGUGGGAUUCUGGUCGGGUCACCAGGACUACAACGAUCACACCGCCGUGGAGAACAACCAGUGGGGUCUGGAUAUGCGCAAUGGCACGCAAGUGGCCUAUGACCUGCAUGGCCACUACACCACGGACGUGAUAACCGAUCACUCGGUCAAGGUGAUUGCCAGCCAUAAUGCCACCAAGGGUCCCCUCUUCCUCUACGUUGCCCAUGCAGCCUGCCACUCGAGUAAUCCGUACAAUCCGCUGCCAGUUCCGGACAACGAUGUGCUCAAGAUGUCGCACAUUCCGCACUACAAACGCCGAAAAUUUGCAGCUAUGGUUUCCAAAAUGGACGACUCUGUGGGCCAAAUCGUGGAUCAGCUGCGCAAGUCGAACAUGCUGGAGAACUCGAUCAUCAUCUUCUCCUCGGAUAAUGGAGGUCCAGCCCAAGGAUUCAACCUCAACUUCGCCUCCAACUAUCCCCUGAAGGGCGUCAAGAAUACCCUGUGGGAGGGCGGAGUCAGAGCGGCGGGUCUCAUGUGGUCACCUCUGCUCAAGAAAAGCCAGCGGGUGUCCAACCAGACCAUGCACAUCAUCGACUGGCUGCCCACGCUCCUGGAGGCAGCAGGUGGUCCACCAGCCGUGGCUAAUCUCAACCAGCAAAUCGAUGGCCAGAGCAUUUGGCGGGCAUUGGUUCAAGACAAGGCGUCCCCACGCCUGAAUGUGCUCCAUAAUAUCGAUGAUAUAUGGGGCAGCGCAGCUCUCAGCGUUGGGGAUUGGAAGUUAGUCAAGGGCACCAACUACCGGGGAAGUUGGGAUGGUUGGUAUGGUCCGGCCGGGGAGAGAGAUCCCCGCCAGUACGACUGGCAACUGGUGGCCAAGAGCAGGGUGGGCAAAGCGCUGGAUGCUCUCAAGAUGCUUCCAAGUCGGGCGGAUCAGCAGAGAAUACGAGCAGCUGCCACGGUGACUUGUCCGGCACAAUCCUCCCAAGGAACCAGUUGCUUGGCCACCGCCUUCUCUGCUCCGUGCCUGUUCCACAUUCGCGAUGAUCCCUGCGAGCAGUACAAUCUGGCCAAGCAAUAUCCCGAAGUGGUAAACGCAUUGAUGACGGAGCUCGAGCGAUUCAAUGCCACCGCUGUGCCGCCCUCAAAUAAGCCCGCAGAUCCUCGAGCCGAUCCCAGAUUCUGGAACUACACGUGGACGAACUUUGGGGACUAUCAAAAUACUCGUAAUGAUCUUGAUACACUCAGUGGGGAUAUUACUUUGGCCAAGACUGUGUAGAAUAAAGAUAUGAUAUGAA